ACACCGGGAGCGGAGGCUCCAGUCUCCGGCCCCGGCUUCUCGCAAGCACUUCCCACCUCGGGCGAAAGUCCGCCGGGCGCCGGAUCCGCCGCCCGGCCGAGAGGAGGGGUCGCGCCCGCCCGCCGCUCGCCGCUUUCCCGGGGAUUGCUACUCCGCUUUGAACUUAAAUGAACUAGCCCCGGACCGCGGGAGGAGGAGGAGGGAGAGCCGCGUCCUCCUGCGCCUUCUGCCGCCUGGCCUCCGGCCGCACCUUGCUCCGGCACCCCCUCCCCGCCGCCGGGGAUGCUCUGAGCCCUCCCAGCCAUGACACCCACCUGCCCCCCGGCGCCGCCAGUCCCUCGCUCCCACGGACUCUGCUGACUCCCCCAAGGCCGGCGCAGCCCUCCCGCCCCUCGGAAAGUACUUCGCUGCCCGCUCCGCCGGGCCGGGGGCCCAGCGCAUCCAGCCGCUCCCCUCCUCUCCUCUCCUCGUGUGCUUUUUUUUUUUUUUUUUUUUUUUUUUUUUUUUUUUUUUUUUUUUUUUUUUUUUUUUUCCCUUUUUUUUUUUUUUUUAAUUUUUUUCUCCCCUAAGUCUUGAAGUUGAGUUUUAGAGGCGACACGGCGGCUUCAGCCGAUUUCUUCCCCUUCCUUUGCCUCCCCAUGGAUAUGCACUGCAAAGCAGACCCCUUCUCAGCAAUGCACCCAGGGCACGGGGGUGUGAACCAGCUCGGGGGGGUGUUUGUGAACGGCAGGCCCCUACCUGACGUGGUGAGACAAAGGAUAGUGGAGCUGGCUCACCAGGGGGUGCGACCCUGUGACAUUUCCAGGCAGCUGCGGGUCAGCCACGGUUGUGUCAGCAAGAUCUUGGGCAGGUAUUACGAGACGGGAAGCAUCAAGCCCGGCGUGAUCGGAGGCUCCAAACCCAAAGUGGCCACCCCCAAAGUAGUGGAUAAAAUCGCCGAGUACAAGAGACAAAACCCGACAAUGUUCGCCUGGGAGAUCCGGGACAGGCUAUUGGCCGAGGGCAUCUGUGACAACGACACGGUCCCCAGCGUCUCCUCCAUAAACAGGAUCAUCAGAACCAAAGUUCAGCAACCUUUUCACCCAACACCAGAUGGGAGUGGGACAGGUGUGACUGCACCAGGACAUACUAUUGUGCCCAGCACAGCAUCCCCUCCUGUCUCCAGUGCCUCCAAUGAUCCAGUGGGCUCUUACUCCAUUAACGGGAUCCUGGGGAUUCCUCGGUCGAAUGGCGAGAAGAGGAAACGUGAUGAAGAUGUAUCCGAGGGCUCAGUUCCCAAUGGAGAUUCCCAGAGCAGCGUGGACAGUUUGCGGAAGCACCUUCGUGGCGACACUUUCACCCAGCAGCAGCUGGAAGCUUUAGAUCGAGUUUUUGAGCGUCCUUCUUACCCUGACGUCUUUCAAACAUCAGAGCACAUCAAAUCUGAGCAGGGUAAUGAGUACUCCCUCCCAGCUCUGACCCCUGGUCUCGAUGAAGUCAAAUCAAGUCUAUCCACCUCUGCUAACCCAGACCUGGGGACAAAUGUGUCAGGACCCCAGACGUACCCUGUGGUGACCGGUCGUGAUAUGGCAAGCACCACCUUGCCUGGCUACCCACCCCAUGUUCCCCCAACUGGACAAGGCAGCUACCCAACAUCAACUCUUGCAGGAAUGGUUCCUGGGAGCGAGUUCUCAGGGAACCCCUACAGCCACCCUCAGUACACGACCUACAACGAGGCCUGGCGGUUCAGCAACCCUGCAUUACUAAUGCCACAUCCCGGGGCUCCGCACCUCCCACUGCUGCCGCUGCCUAUGACCGCCACUAGUUACCAUGGAAACCACAUGAAACUGCAGGGCGACAGCUUAGGCCUCCACAUUGUACCUGUCUGAUCACCUCCCUCCAUCCCUGGGAAGGGUGAAGAGACCUUCUCCGUUCCUCCCCACAGUCCAGUUCCUUCCUCUUCGCCAUGAAGGCGCCGGACCAAGCGCUCACCACAUGAGACUGAGACCCCCUCGUUCCCCCUGCCCUCCGCCCCGACCGCUCCCCCCGCGCCAGGAACAGCCUGCGGCCAAGUGGCUUUCCCUGCAGGAGCCCUCCAACACCCCUGGGUAAAGCUCAGCCGUGCAAAGUCCCCUCGGCUUCCAGGACUCCAGGGGGACUGGGAAGCAAUGCAGCUGGCAGCCAUUGCCUUACAGGACCCCUUUCUGGGAGCGGUAAGGGCCAGGGAAACAGGGGAGAAUGCCGCCCGUGAAACACUGUUCCCCAAAGAUACACUCUUCUGUGGUGGACUCUUGAGUGUGUGUAACCUGAGAUGCUCACCCUGUUUCCCAGGACAGAGGGAACAGUCUGGCUAGAGCAGAGAUGGCAGCACAGAGACCUGGCCCAUCUGGCAAUGAAGAAAGGACCAAGUAAAGAUCUGCACCCCACGAGGGGUUGGUUCUCUGUGCACCUCAUCCCCACUUUCCAGAAUGGAUUCCCCCACAGUUGGCUGCACCUCACAGGUGGUGACUUUGCAGACCAGAGUUGGGAGGAACCUCACACAUACACCCACAAUUUCUGUGACACACAAUCAGCUCAGACAGGAGGAUGGAGCAACAUUUACAAACAAACCGGCGAAAUGAAGAAAUAUAUAAAUAGAUAUAUAAAUAUAACUGUGUUUUUAUGCUUUGUCAUGAAGGUCUGUAAAAAGGAACAAAAAAAUCCCCAAUUUUCUAAAAAACCCAAGCAAACAAAACCAACAAAAAAAACCAAAAUAAUAAUUAAAAAACCCUACAAAAAUAAAACUCCAAGUCCCAUCUCCCCCCACCACCUGAAUGGCAGCCGAGUUCCUCUGACGUUUGAUGCUCCUCUUUCACUCUAGGGUUUUGUUUCCUUUCUGUUUUGCACUACAAUGGGAUGAUGGUAUUGGAGAGGAUUGGAUGCCAGCUCCACCCAGUUGCCUCCUCCUCCCCCUCCUUUCCCAAAUCCUGUCUCUGGGGAGCAGUGUGGACAAGUCACAUCUGACAAAGUUACCAAAUACAUCCGUCGACAAAAAAAAAGCACUCUGAGGCAACAAACGUUUUCCAUGUCACUGGUUGGCAAACAAAGAAAACAAGCCCAGCUGCGCUCUCUCUGCGCUGUGUGGUGGAAAGUGUGGGGCUUCAUGUGGGCCCAUCUGAUUGCCCUCUGGACAGCUGAGACUGAGAUGGACAAAUUCAGGAUUGGCUGGGAUAAUUGCUUGGUUCCCUAGUCCUUAGCCUUCAGCCCUUUUACCUUAAACUCUGUACCUGUGACAACUUCAGUUCACCCACAUCCCAACUUUUGCAAUUUUAGAUAUGCCCAACACCCAUUUUCCAGAUCUCCACUGCUGGUGACAACCACCUCAUUAUCUGUGCCCAACACCUAAUUUCCUAACCAUUAUAGCCCUGCUAUAUGGGCCCCCCUUUGAUUCCCUGCCCAUCUGCUCAUACACCUACUAAUUUAUAGGCCCCCGUUCAAAUCCAUAUGCUUGCAUCCUACCAGCCAGACCCAAUAUAUAGCCCCAUCUUUUCAUCUUCAGUCCUGUAUUGUGCACCCUAAUAUUUACCCUUUAUCCCAAAUGCUCACCUGAUGAUUCUCUAGGGAUUCUCUGCUCAUUUUGGUUCCCAAGUGACGGACAAACACUGUUCUGCAAAAGGCUAACUGUCAAUAGAAAUGCUUAUUACUCCUGUAUUGUCAGCAAACUCAUAAACUGUUCCUUGCACUGACACUUCCUCAAAAUUACUCAAAGAAAACAUGAAGGCAGCUAUAGCCUGUCCCCAGGGCACCAAGUCUGCCAAAGUAGAUCCUUGUUGUUUUAGAGAGGUUUCAGAUAAAACUUGUGGGCUAUUGUCCACAGACAAAGACAGGAUUGAGAAUAAAACCCCCAAAGGGCAUAAAAGUGAACAGUGGAGCAAUCUGUACAGCCAACAUCAUGUAUAAAAUCCAAAGUUCCAAGCCUCUGAGGAGAUGUGGUAGUGGACUUGGUAUUCUGUCUCCAAGUUUAACUUGUAUGUAUAAAAUCCACCAUCAGUAAACAGCUGUGUUGAUCCCAAAGGCCCCUUUCACCUAACUUUUUCAGCCUUUGCAUGGCUUUAGCUGAUUAUAGGUCUGUGUCUUCUUUAAUGGGGUGCCCAAAUGAUAAGCGUAUUUGGGGGGACAUUUACAUAUAAGAUAAAGAGCUAAAAUCUGUUCCUGUACAGAAUAAAAUCAAAGAGGUUACUCCUGAUCUAUUAAAAGUGUCAUUCUGCACAUCUUACCUCUGAGUAACCUCUGCUGCAAGUAGCAGAGCUGUUACACUGUCACCAAGACCAGAAUUGGCCUGUUGUCUGAUCUUACUCUAUGAGAGAAGAAGGUUCUGUUCAAUUUUUAAAAAUAUGCUUUCACCACUCCUUCUGUUUUCCUUCACAGACACCAGAUAGAUGCUGAACCCACUUAGAUUGGUCUCUCUUUUAGUCUCUCAGUACAACCUCUGCUCUACUUGUGCACCACCCAGAUUCACUCAGCAGGUAGUCAGUGCAGAGGCAAGAAAUCCCAGGACCAGCAAAGAGAAGCUCCUGAGGAAGCUAGAGAAAAAGAGACUGUCACACCUCACACUUGGCCACCUGCAGCCCAGGGCCCAGGUUGAGAGAAGCCAGCAGCUCAGAAAUGCUUAUUUUUAUAAUGGUGUUUCACUAAACUUGAGGACACGAGCUAGAGUCUGAAAGCAGGAUUUAGUUGUCUCGCUCAUGGCUGGCUUGAUUUGACCCUUGGAGGGCCAAAUCUAUUGUUGGCUUAACUCCACUGGUAAAAGAGGAUUUCCACCAGGCAUUGGAUUGGUCUGGAAAAGUUCAAAAGUACAGCACAUAGUUUGACCAGGAAAAUUCAAAGGAAAGCAGAAUUAUGCAAAGGACUGGGCAGUCUAAUCCUCUUCCACCACCAUCUGUAGACCCUCAUGCGAAUGUACUGAAUUACAUUUGCCAAAGAGUUUCUUGUGUUGGUUGUUUUGAUUUACAGUCGGUGGAUGCAUUGUAAAGCAGUAUUAUAGCCCAAGUCUAGUAGCUGACAUGGGGAUUUAUGUGGUGAUAUUAUGCAGAAGAAAACCAUCAAUAUUCAUCUAGAUUCCAUUAGACUGGACUAUGCAGGAAACGCAAAAAUUCUACCAAUUAUUUAAUAUUAUGUUAUUUGCAAAAAAACAAUUGCUGCUUUGUAGGAAGAUAAUGUGUGUAAUGUGAAGGCAAUUCCUCUUGUAUAUAAGUUCAUCUCCAUCUUCAUCAUGGUAGUUAUUAAAACAGCCUCGUCUCAUCCUGUAGAUAAGGAACACGCUGUGUGUACUGUGCAAGUCUCGUUGUGCUCACUGAAAACAAAACAAUGUGUUCAAUAAAGCACAGCACAAAUCCAAAACCUGAGGGAACAGCCAAACCUUGUAAGGACCCUUUCCCCAACAGGCCAACAGCUGCUUUGUUAUAGGUGGGGGGUUUUAAUAAUUUUCCUUCUAAAAAUGUUACAGAAAAAAAAAAGAAAAAGGAUUGGAGGAAUUGUGCAAAAUCCAGUGAAGUCUACAACACAAACCUCUCCUCCAUUCUGCUGUCUCUUACCUUCUCACAUUUCUUUCUCAAUCCCUCUUUCUGUUCAAUUUAUAUCAUUUUCUUUUAUUAUUUCCCAUUUCCAAUGCACUUUUCUAUCCUGGGAGGGAAUAGCAUUACUGAUAUGAGAGCAGGUAUCUGGGACCUCAAACAUCCUAGUUCUCCUUGUGGCUCUAGAAAACCUUUGUCAAGUCCAAUUUCCCCACACACCUCAAUUCCAAGACUCUGUAAAAUGGGAAUAACAACAGUUUCUAGUUCACAGGGGGAUUGCACAGCUGAAUUAAUUAGCACCGGCUCAGUGCUUUGAGAUUCUGGAUAGAAAAUUCUAUCAAAAUGUUAAGCAUUAUUGUGAAUAAUAAUUAAUGUUUCCAUGACAUUUCUCUCUUUUCCUUUUUCUCACAAAUCAUUCCUUGUUUCUUUUUUUUUCCUUCCUUAUCUCUCCGUUCACUUCUUUCUUCUCAGGUCAUUCUUAGUUCUGUUGCUACAUUUGUUUUAUCUAAUGGACCAAGCAGAAACGUUGUGAGACUGGGUCUCCUCUCUCUACUCGAUCAUGGGAGAAGAAUCUCACGAAAUCUCAAGUGCUGUGCUUGGCUGGAAACAACAGGGACCAUGGCAUUCAAAACUGGGCAGCACCUUUGAGUCCUGCUCUCUGAAGCUCUCACAUCCUUUUGGCCCAGUGGGAUGUGGGGAGGAUUGCAUGAGGUGGAUGCAGUAAAGCUGACACUUGUGGCCUGUGAAUCUGUUGGGGAGAGUCGGUGGCAAUGAGCCCUGCUGUGGAAACAGGGAGAAGUUUGCAUGCUUUCUGACCCAUCAGUAGUGAUGAAUCAAACCCAGAGUAAGACUUUGGAAUUAAUCACAACAUAAAUGUGAGGAUGUUAAACACGAAAAGGAAAACAAAAAGCCCUGCACCUCUUUCUUCUCUUGAGUAUAAAAUUAUAUAUGCUUAUUAACAAUUUCCUAAAGGAAUUUUUGUUUUGCUGAACUGUUGGAAAAACUCCACCCUUUUGUCCCUAAGGAAAAGCACCCCUCUGGAAAAAGAAAUAAGAAUCAUAGCUGAGCUGCCCCCUUUGGCACUGACAGAGUGAGGGCUUCUGAGGGACCCACAAAUACCACAGUGUGCUCCUUGGCUGAGCCCAUGAUGGUGGCAGACUUGCAAAGCAGGAAGGAGGGACCAAACUGGCAAUUACAGAACUGAUAACAAAUGUAGAGCAGCUCUGCUGAUGAUCUCCAGGCUAAGCUUGACAUGAGACUGGGGAGGGAGGGGGCCAGUGCCAGGUGCAGGGUCACAUCCAUUCUAGGCUUCUGCAGCCCCUCUUGGCUUUUCCUCAUCACUUCAGUUCUGUUUGACUAUUUUCUUUUCUCUUUUUGUGCACAUGAUAAAUAAAAGCAAUUUUUUUUUUUUCUA